CCGGUUUUAAAAUCGGUUUUGUUCGUAUUUCGGGCUGUGACUUAGCGCUCUGAUAAUUACAACCAAUAUAACCAAUAUCCGGCAGAAGUAUAUACGAAGAUCGAUAUGAUGGGCAGUGGUGAAGUUGAAGAGCAGAAAUUCCAGGUUGUCCCACUUCACCAAAAUCCCUGUUUCUAUGACUCCUGUGCUGACCUUCUCAACAGUGAAUGGACCCGGAGUAAAACAGCUCGCCUUCAUUCCCUUCAUAAGUCAUGCGAUCAGCUACCCGUUUCCCUCGUCUUGGUUGCCCUCGGCCAGCCCCCUGUUAUUGGCCAUAGCAUGCUCUCAAGGGUUGUGGGCAUUGAAAAAGCUUGUUUUGUUGAGUCCGUGUUGGUGGACAAAGAAUAUCGUGGUCAAGGUUUAGGUCGAAAGAUCAUGAUUGCUUCAGAGGAGUUUGCAGCUCGUCUGGGUUUUCAGACGAUGUACUUGAGCACUCACGAUAAACAAGGUUUCUACGAGCACCUGGGAUAUAAAUACUGUGACCCAAUCUCAAAAGCUGACAACUGCACCAAGCUUCUGCCAGAAGGAUUCUUGAAGCAGUUGUGUGGUAGUGUAGCAACUUGUGCAACAGACAGUGACAUUUCACUGAAUAAAAGACAAACAUCUGCAGAGAAAAAGACAGAGUGCAACUCCAUUGCAACUGAUGCAAAUCUGACCUCCACCACAAAUAGCAACAAGUGCUAUAACAGCGUUAGCAACGACAAAGACAAUAGUGCAAAUGCUGCAACAGUGACUGAUAACCAUGUGACCCCACCACCACCGCGUGUUCCAGCACCACCACCUCCACCACCACCACCACCACCACGUGCUCCUGCACCACCACCACCACGUGCUCCAGCACCACCACCUCCACCUCUAGCUAAACCAUCAAACAGACCAGAAAUUGUGCGGAUGGACAUUAACCUGAUCUCCUGGAUGAAAAAAGAACUUUGUUGAGUUUCCCUCCAAAGUAGAACUGAUUAAAGCAACACUACAAACUCUCCCACGUUUUCUUUCGACUGUGAACUUCCUUUGAAAAGCUAUGAACUUGAUAAAUUCACAUUUUUAAUGACUUGAAUGUCAUAAGUGCAUUGACCCUUUCCCCUCCUUCAUGACCCCUUUUCUGGUCUCUGUUACAAGUAUGAUGAAGGAAGGAAAGGGUCCUUAAAUCAGCAACCUUCCUAAAUCUUUGCAACAGAGUGAACUUUGUUGAAACCCUUCAAGAGUCAGGUUGUGGCUGUGAUAAACCAGGUUAAAUCAAUGUCCAGCAACAAAGUCCACUGGACUCUGACAUAAUGUCUGUCUCUCAAAUUGCAUUCACAAGACAUGCUCAUUCCACCACUCGCAUACAACACACUUGCACAGUUCUAUGACAUACUUGUCACACACACACACAUACCUUUGUGUGUGUGUGUGUGUCUAUUCUUUUAGACAUACACACAUGUACUUAUGUGUAUGUAUCAUCAUUUUAUGUUCACCCUCCUUGUUUCAUUUCAACAGCCCAACAGGAUCUGAUGACUCAAAGAACUGCUCUCAGUGCCAAUGUCUCAGUUUUCCAAUGUUUCUACAUUUGGAUGUGUUUCCAAUGAAAACCACUUUGCAAAAUGUACUGAGUACUUUUCAAAAUCCAUCCAUCCAUCCCCAAAUACACAAACUUGUAUACAUACACACAUCAGGCAAAUACAAAAAUAUAUUUAUGUGUAUUUAGUAUAUAUAUAUAUAUAUAUACAUGACUGCUUUGUGUGUAUAUAACAAACCUUGUGCAGCCGUACUCAAUGAAAGUGAAUCACAGACCGUUGUGCAUACAUUGCAAGUUCUCUAAACAGUUAUAUACACCCAGAUUUGUGUGUAUAUGCACACCACACACACAUGCACAUGUAUGCUGAAGGUGCUUAUAUUUUGCACAACCUGCAUCUGGAAUUCCCUUUUAUAGAUGCAGGAUUAUACGGGGAUGACGGUCUUAUAGUCACCCUAAUAUGAAUGGCCAUGAGUUAGAUAGACUUAGGAAGAAUUUUAUUAUUUUCUUUCAAAGAAUGGUCUUAUGGAUAACAAUAGAAAGUAACCUAAAUAAUGUAGAUUUUUUAGAUAUUAACGUAGAUUUGCAAAUAGAUAAAUUCAAACCCUACCGUAAGCCUAAUGAAAAGCUAUAUUAUAUUAACAGAGAGUCGAAUCAUCCACCCAUACUACUUAAGAAUCUAUUUAGUAAUAUAGGAAGGCGCAUAACAUCCAUAUCUUCAGACAAAACAGCGUUUCAAAAUGCUGCACCAUAUUAUAAUGAUGCAUUAAGGAGCAGUGGAUUUUGAGAGAAGCUCCAGUAUAGUCAAAGCACUACUAACGAUAAUAGAACACAUAGGACUAGAACUAAGAAAGUUUUGUGGUUUAACUUCUAACAUUGCCGUAAAAACUAAUAUAGGAAGAGAAUUAUUGAAACUAGGUUCUAAGCAUUUUGGAACAAACCAUAAAUUCUACAGAAUUUUUAAUAGGAGAAUGCUGAAGGUUAGCUGUUCUUGUUGCAAGAACUUUGAUUCUUUAAUGAACCAGCAGCACAACAUGAAAACCAUUAGAGUCAACCACAGUGCUGGAAAUAACCAGAAGAAUUGUGAUUGUAAAGAUCAAAGUUGCCGUCCAUUAGGAGAAAAUUGUCUAGAGAAAGGAAUAGUUUGUAGAGCUAAGGUACAAAUAGAUGACUCACAAGAAUACAGGACAUAUAUAGGAGCUUUGGAAAAUUCCUUUAAGACUAGAUUAUAUUCCCACUGCAAUCCGUUAUGAUUCCCCAGAAAUAGGAUAACAACGAGUCUCACUAAACAUGUCUGACAACUGAAAGAAAAUGACACUGGUUCUUUCCAAAUCAGCUGGACAAUCUUGGAGAAAACAGCACCAUACAAGCAUGGAGCAUACAGACACCGAAUGAGGUGCAAUUUGUGCCUGACUGAAAAGCUCUUCUUCUUGCUGCAGGAUAAAUAUGCACUGAACCAAAGAAGGGAACUUUUAAAUUCCUGCAGACACGCUAUGAGGCAUAAAAUGUUAAGUGAAAAAAUACGAAUAACAUUGACUUUUGCAUUUGAAUUUGACUUUCUCACCUGAAAAUUGGCACCAUUUUGUUUAACAUUCAUUUUUACAUUUUUUGCCUUUGCAUUUUACAUUUUGCUCCCUUCAAGAAAACCUUUGACUGGAUUCAAACUUUAUUUCUGUUUUAUUUUCAUUAUUUUAUUGUAACUGUUACUUUUAAAUACACCUUUUUGAACCAUGUGAUUGGUUUUUAAAUUGCAAUUAAGCCACAGAAUACCUCACAACGUGGAUUUCCUAAUGCACACCUUUAAAAGUCAAUCUACAAUUGUCCAAAAUAUGUUUUAAAGAUAUCGAAUACCUGAA